CUAAUUCGAUUCUAAUUUGUUUUCUUUAAAGAAUUAAUUAACAGGAUAUUUUAAUAUUUAUUUCCUCAUAAACUAUCCUCAUAACAAUGAGCUGUGUGAGUGACCUAUCUCAAUCAAACGAGUAUCUGAGUUUUCGAAGUAGUAUACCGUUAAGGAAAAUCGUUGUUGAUUCAGAUAGUUCCAAGGCAUGGCGGAUAUUCGAUUCAGGUCCGAAGUCGGUCGCGUGUCCUCUAAUGUGUUUACCGCCUGUUUCUGGCACGGCCGAUGUCUUCUACAAGCAAGUGAUGGGCCUGGCUUCCAGAGGGGUUCGUGUGAUAUCCGCGGAACCCCCGCCUUACUGGAAUAUGAAGGAGUGGUGUGAUGGAUUCAAAAGACUGAUUGACUACCUAGAGCUGGACAAGGUGCAUAUUUUUGGAGCUUCCUUAGGUGGAUUCCUGGCCCAAAAAUUUGCAGAGCUAACACUAAACUGCCCCCGGGUCGCAUCGCUAAUACUGUGCAACUCCUUCACUGACACCUCCGUGUUUGAGUUCAAGGACUCCUCAGCUCUCUUCUGGCUUCUCCCCUCCCUGGUGUUAAAGAGGAUGCUGAUGGGAAACUUCUCGGCAGAGAAAGCUGAUAGAAGAAUCAUUGAGGCUAUUGAUUUUAUGGUUGAGAGACUAGAGUCCCUGAACCAAUCAGAGCUAGCCUCGCGGUUAACCCUCAACUGCACUCCGGGUUACAUGCAGCCGCACCUACUAAGCGAGCUGCCAGUGACCGUCAUGGAUGUGUGGGACGAGUGCGCGCUGAGCCCGCAAGUCAGGGAGGACCUGUACAAGUCGUACCCGCAGGCCAAGCUGGCGCACUUGAAGAGCGGCGGCAACUUCCCCUAUUUGAGCAGGAGCGAUGAAGUCAAUUUGCAUUUAUUAAUCCACCUCCGGCAGUUCGACAACACGGAACUGUCGGCGUCGUACCUCAGCCUGCACCGGCUGCCGGCGCCCGCGCAGCCCGACGAGGGCACGGUCAGCUACUUCAACCAACGAGAUAAAUUCGUCAAGAUCUCUUGAACUAUUGUGGCAAUCUCAUCAUCACAUCAAGACGGAACCACGUUGUCGUUUGUCUAUCCUCCUAAGACCCUGCGUACAUAUUCCAAAAUCUAUUUUGAACUUUUAUUGUGUGAUUAAUGGUUCCAAUUUCAAGAACAAAACAAUUGCUUCUGGGUCUCAGGGGGCUAUAAUAGGGCUUACAUACUUCGUCAUCAAUAUCAUCAUAUCAGCCCACUGCUGAGUAUAUGCCUCUCUUUUAGUACGCCACUUGUCCCGGUCCUGAGCUAAUCUCAUCCAGAAGUGACCCACAAUCUUCCGGAGGGGGCUAUUUGCAGUGGAGGAAGAGAUAAAUCGUCCUUAUAAAGCCGUAAUUCUUGUAAUUUGCUCUAUGGACCUUAAAGGGUUUACAAGAACAUAUUGAGAGCACUUAUGCCUAAAUGACAAGCAGGCCAAGUUUUGGCACAUAGGCCAACAUAAUAAGUAUAAUCUGUUUUGCGAGCUUAAUCCAUAAAAUAUAUAUAUAUAUAUACAUAUAUAUAUAUAUGUAUAUAUAUAUAUAUAUAUAUAUAUAUAUAUAUAUAUAUAUAUAUAUAUAUAUAUAUAUAUAUAUAUAUAUAUACAAUAACGAAAACAAGGGAUUUUUGGGUUGGCAAACUUUUGGGAAGAAGAGCCAACCGCAGUAGGAAUCCACCAGUUUUAGGAAGAAAAGCCGUAAAUGUUGUUUUCAAGGGUCUGAGAUCUCUCCAAUGUAAAUUAUUGGCUGACUUGAAGAACCCCAUUCGACCUCAAAAGAGCCGCAUGAGCACGCGAGCUGCGGUUUCCCGACCCCUGUUAUAGACAAAAGUUGGCAAAAGACAAAGUGGUACAGUCAGUAGAAGAAGUAGCUAAGAGAUGAGCAGGCUAGGCUUGUGCCUGCUCGGUCACUACAGAGAGCGCUCCGCUCUCGGUCAAUCGGUCAAACGAACUAGUUCGGUCUUUUAGUUCCUUUAGUUCAGUUCGGUCUUUGAGAGCUGGGAAUGUAUGAAUCGAUUUUACAGUAGUUUUUCCCAAAUCUUUGGCAACUGAAUUACGAUUCAAGUUGUACGAUACUAUAUGACGAUUAAACAUCAAAAAGCUAGACAUAAUAAAAUAAUAUAAAAAAUACAGAAAAAAUAUUUGAUUUUUCUUCAUACUCUUCAGGUUUAGGACUGUUUGUCACUCAUUUAUCUCGUUCGCACUCGUGCCAACGUCAUUGUGAACCAUUUCGUUCAGUCUAUUUUGUGUUUCACUCAUGUCAAGCGCUCACCAAUCCCACUGAACUAAAGGACCUAAAGACCGAUUAAGAGCAUACAAAAAGAUUUAGUUCCUUUCGGUCCUUGAUGGGAUUUCAUUCUUAACAGUUCUUAGUUCAUGACCGACAAGCCUAGAGCAGGCAGGUAUUUCAAAUGACCUGCACAUACACUUUCUUACCAAGUAUUAAGCUGUGAUCAGCUCGUUUUAAACACUUCGCCCGCCUAGCCACUUCUGCUGCUGACUGUAUGGUUGUUUGACGAAAAACAUUAACUUUAAUUUCUCUGUGUGCCUAUAAACGCUAGGAUUAAGUAAAAAUGCUUUAUACUGAAAUAUUAAGUCAUGUUAUAUACUUAUAAUGUAUAUGGACGGUAUAGGAUACCAAAUAGUUUAAUAGGUAUUUAUUUUGGGAAGUAAAAUGAGAAAUUGAUUAGAAAAAAAACGAUAUUAGGGAUAAAAACUCUCACCGUUAAAGAUAACAUAAAGUAAUUUUUGGCAAUAAAUUAAUACUUACAUGUGAAUAUAAAUGUUUCUUGUAACCAACGAUAUAAUUAUAAUUAUUUGACUAAAUAGUAGUACAUAGAAAAAUGCAAAAUUUAAAUGUGCCAAAAAUAGCUUGCUAAACAAAAGUACAUCCGCGAAAAUAGGUAGGUACUUGAGAAACGAAAUUAGUCUAUAAAUAUUUUCGAUAUAUAUCAGUAUCACAGUAGUAUAUUAUUCCACAGUAGGUUAGACUGUGAUCAAAGUACUUAUGUGUGCACUAGUGAUGUGUUCUCAAUAUUGACGUCUUUUAUAAAAACGUGUGUGUAAAAGACGCAGCUAAAAUUAUAUCGACUACAUUCUAUUAUGCUAUGUUUUAGUUACUUUAUAUAUAUUGUUAUAGAAAUCAAACAUGAAUUGUUAAAAUGUUGUACUUUAUAAGACUGCAAUAUUGGCUGAGUGAAAAUCGUUGACUAUACAAAUAUACAUUUAUACACCAA